AUGUUCUCUUCCACUUUUCUUCCAAGUAAUAAUGAGAAAACUAUACCUCCUCAAUCAGCAACUUUUCAUAUACAACCACAUUCAAAACAAAAGGUUGCCUAUUUUCAUCAUAAAGAUGUUGGAAACUUUCAUUUUGGUUUGCAACAUCCAAUGAAGCCUCAUCGUUUGACUUUAACAAAUGAUUUGGUUAUGAGCUAUGGACUUCACGAAAGAAUGACCGUGUAUUGUCCUCCUAAAGCAACUGAUGAUGAAUUAAUGGAAUUUCAUGAAACAGAUUAUGUAAAAUUCUUAAAAAACGUGACACCAGAGAAUUCUGAAGAUUUUGUUGAGGAUUUUUCAAAAUUCAACAUAAGUGAGGAUUGUCCAAUAUUUGAAGGGUUGUAUGAUUUUUGUCAAAUAUAUGCAGGUGCUUCGAUAGCCGCAGCGCAUCAAUUAGCAUCAGACGCGGCUGAUAUAUGUAUUAAUUGGAGUGGUGGAUUACAUCAUGCAAAAAGAUUUGAAGCUUCGGGAUUUUGUUUCGUGAAUGAUAUAGUUUUGGCAAUACAACAUUUAUUAAGGUUUUAUCCUCGUGUCUUGUAUAUCGACAUUGAUAUACAUCAUGGUGAUGGUGUACAAGAAGCAUUUUAUGCUACAGAUCGAGUUAUGACAGUAUCAUUUCACAAAUAUGAUAGUGGUAGUUUCUUUCCGGGAACUGGAAAUAUAAACGAGAUUGGUUACGGGUUAGGCAAAUUUUUUUGUCUUAACGUACCUCUUAAGGAUGGGAUCGAUGAUGAAACCUAUUUUUCAUUAUUUAAAGAUGUAAUAUCAGAUGUAAGAGAUCAUUAUCAACCAAGUGUUAUCACUAAUAUUCAUACCCCUUACAAAAUCUAA